AUGGAUCUAGAGGCAGAGCCGCUCGGGGAUGCAUCCUAUAAAGAUGCCAGGGAGGCACUGUCAUUGGGCGCAGAGUCGCUAGGGGAUGCAGCCCCUGAAGAUGCUAGAGAGGCAGAGUCAUUCGGCGCAGAGCCGCUAGGGGAUGCAGCCCCUGCAGAUGCAGACCCUGAAGAUGCUAGAGAGGCAGAGUCAUUCGGCGGAGAGCCGCUAGGGGAUGCAGCCCCUGCAGUUGCAGACCCUGAAGAUGUUAGAGAGGCAGAGGCAUUCGGCGGAGAGCCGCUAGGGGAUGCAGCCCCUGCAGUUGCAGACCCUGAAGAUGUUAGAGAGGCAGAGUCAUUCGGCGCAGAGCCGCUAGGGGAUGCAGCCCCUGCAGAUGCAGACCCUGAAGAUGCUAGAGGCAGGUCUUCAUCUUCAUCGUCUAAGAAGAGAGGUCCUACCCGAGGUUCAGAAUUACAUGAGAGGACUUCAGUGAAAAGGGUCAUUGGGAUUAAUGAAUUUGGGCAACCGAAUAUAGGGGAUGCAAAUCAGAUCGCAUUCAAUUCAAGCAUUGGUGUUCUCACCCGUGCACACAUUCCGAUCACCUACACAGACUUUCGGUUGGUGCCUCCACAAUACAUUCAGAGGGUCAGUGAUAUCCUGGCAUGUAGUUAUGAAUUUCAGGAUAACCAAGAAGCGUGGUCACCAUACAUUCGUGAUCGCUGUAAGGCUGCUUGGAGAAAUUUCAAGAACACUUUGCAUGCAAAGUAUAUUAAGGACAAGGAUCCUGCAGUUGUGAAAUCUUAUCCUGCCCCUAUUGGUGUCCCUAUUGAGGAUUGGAUGAUCUUCGUGGAUUAUUGCAAUACUGAUAAAUUCAAGGAAUCAAGUGUAAGAAAUGCAUCCAAUCGGGCCAAACAAGUUGGCCCUUCUACACUUGGUCGGCGUAGCAUGGCUGCCACACGUCAUGAGAUGGCAAUUGAGAGGAAUCUUACUACUGAUGCCGAGGUUGGUAGGGCUGAGGUGUACAUCCGAGCCCAUACAACAAAGGAAAACAAAGUGCAGUUUCCAGAAACCUUUGAAAAAAUAAAAUCGAUUCAAAGUAGUAAUCCCGCAUCUCGGAUGACCAGUGUAGAUGAUGCCCUUACACAGUCAAUUGGGAGUGAUAGUAGAGGGCGCAUGCGGGGGAUAGGUGGAAAUGUAGGCAAGAUUACAUUGAAGAAGACAAUGCCUAUUGUACAUAAGCUCGGCGUGGUGUCGCGGGAACGAGAUAAUUUGGUAGAUAAAUUAGAUGAAAUGCAGAAAAGCCUAGGAGAUCUCCACCAGAAGUUUCAAUGCUUUGUAGAUAAGCAAGGGGAACAAGGGGAUGUGGCUCCACCGACAAUUCCUCCAUUUAAAUCUAGUCAUGCAUCGUCGCCUGAUUUGGUAAAUCUUGGCAAGAGAUGCGAUCUCUGUGAUUGGAAGAAACGGGUAAUUGCUCGUGGUGAGGUGCAUGCAGUGGAUCCAAAAACCUGUGUCCAUGGAGCAGAAAUGGGCGAUGGAAAUUUUAGUGUUGUCCUGAUGGAGAUUAUAGCUCCGCAAUCAGAGCUAUGGAAGGAAGAUGGUUAUCAUGAUACGCUUGGAGAGGUCGGUGUAGGAGGAUUUGUCGUAUGGCCCAAGCUAUUUCUAACCAUCUAUCCAUGAUGUUUAUGAAUAUUAGACAUUACAAUAACUAACACAAUUAACUUUUAUUUUUAAACUAUACAGUAACAUAGACAGAUGCAUGCAUAUUAUGGAAUCGAAUGAAUUUAACACUCA